AUGACACUCGAAGAGUUUAUACAAAUCACUGAAGAACUGGGUCCUCGAGCAACCUGGUUUCAUUUUGAGGGUCGCAUACCUGCGGUCACUUUUGGCUGUAUUCAACAUCUCCGAAAGCAAAACCCCUCUGCUCGCAUCAGUGUAGAGUUGGAAAAACCCGGCAGAGAAGGUCUUCAAGAACUUGCGGAGUUGGCCGAUGUGAUCUUUUACUCGAAGACCUGGGCACAGAGUCUUGGAUAUACAUCUGCGGAAGAAUGUUUGCGAAGCCAGUCAACCAAGGCACAGAAUGCAAUCUUGCUUUGCUGUACUUGGGGCCAGGAUGGGGCCGACGCCCUUGAGCCUGGAACUGGAGAAUUCGUCCAUGUGGACGCCUAUACCCCGGCGGACUUCCGAGUAGUGGAUCCAAUUGGAGCUGGAGACACAUUCAAUGCAGGAAUGUUGUAUGCCUUGAAUUGCAAAGAUAAAGAAUGGGAUCUUGGUACUAAGGUAAAGUUUGCAAAUCAAAUUGCCGGCAUGAAGGUGGCGCAGGAAGGGUUUUCAGGAUUGAGCCGGGUACUUGAGCUUUAA